UGAAUUCUAAAACCUUGUGUCUGUUCCUUUGUCCCUAAUUUGUUCCUUGAAAACUGCGCAGCAGAGGAGACACUACACUAAAACCCUUCUUCUAUCCAACAACAGAGCAUGAGUUUGUGUCGCGCGGUCGCAGCCACCACACUCUGAACUGCAAACAGAUAACCUGAAAUGCUCAGAACACCACCGCCACCACCACCACCACCAUCAUCUUCUUCUUCUUGUUGUUGCUAUUAUGCAGAAACUGCUUCGUCCGUUUCCAUCUUGUUCAUUUCUCCCAGUCACAGUUCUCUCUGUGCCUCUGGGUAACGCUCCAUUCCACGCUUCCCAUAGAGCUUGCAACUUUAUGACUGCAGCAAUGGCAGCUUCUUCUUCUUCUUCUUCACUCACACCCUCACUUCCCCAUAGCAGAAACCCUUCUUCUUUCUCUCUCAAACCCUCUUCUUCUCGAUUCUCGUACAACACUGCUUGCUGUGUCAGAAGGUGUUUUUGCCGGCUAACCCUAACCCACAAACCCAGUGGAAGAAGUAGGAGUAGGAGUGGGAAGACAACGCCGUCUUGGCUUCUCCUUAACCACUCUCCAAAUGCUGCCUCAUUGUGUUGUUCUGCUUCUGAUGCUUCUUUUCCUGUUGCUGAGGAAGGUGAAGUGAAGAGGGAUGAUGGUUGUGCUGUUGAGUUAACAGAGGAGGUGGAGGAGGAGAAGGAGGAGAAACCCUCUUCCUCUUCUUCCUCUUCCAACAGCUUCAGACUCAAUAGGAGGCAAAAGGGUUCUUCCUCUUCCAUCCCACCUUCUAAUCCUGAUUUGUUGGCCAUUCCUGGUGUUGGUCCCAGAAAUCUCAGAAAGCUCGUUCAGAAAGGUAUUGAGGGUGUCGCUCAACUCAAGCAACUCUACAAAGAUAAGUUCUUUGGCAAAUCUAGUGAAAAGAUGGUUGAGUAUCUGCAGAGUUCUGUUGGAAUAAUCCACAAGAACCAUGCUGAAAGCAUAACUACUUUCAUAAAAAAGAGUGUUGAAGGUGAUGAGGAGAAGGAAGAUAAAUCCUCGAUGCCGUCACACCAGAAGAAACGCCUCACGUUCUGUGUUGAGGGUAACAUCAGCGUUGGCAAGACUACCUUCCUUCAGAGAAUAGCCAAUGAAACUAUUGAAUUGCGUGACCUCGUUGAGGUGGUUCCUGAGCCAAUUAGCAAGUGGCAGGAUGUUGGACCUGACCACUUUAACAUUUUGGAUGCUUUUUACGCUGAGCCACAAAGGUAUGCCUACACGUUUCAGAACUAUGUAUUUGUGACUAGGGUGAUGCAGGAAAGAGAGUCAUCUGGUGGAGUGAAGCCUCUUCGUUUGAUGGAGAGGAGUGUUUUCAGUGACAGGAUGGUUUUUGUACGAGCCGUUCAUGAAGCCAAUUGGAUGAAUGAGAUGGAGAUCAGCAUUUAUGACUCAUGGUUUGAUCCUGUUGUGUCUUCUCUGCCUGGACUUAUUCCUGACGCUUUUAUCUACCUUAGGGCAAGUCCUGAUACUUGCCACAAGAGAAUGAUGUUAAGGAAAAGAGCUGAAGAAGGUGGAGUCUCCCUAGACUAUCUGCGUGACCUCCAUGAAAAGCAUGAAAGCUGGUUAUUUCCCUUCCAAAGUGGUAAUCAUGGAGUAUUGUCGGUCAAUAAACUGCCCCAUGAUGUUGACAACCCUUUACACCCUGAUAUAAGAGACCGUGUGUUUUAUCUGGAGGGUGAUCACAUGCAUUCCAGCAUUCAGAAGGUUCCUGCAUUGGUUCUGGACUGUGAACCCAAUAUUGAUUUCAGCAAAGAUAUUGAAGCAAAGAGAGAAUAUGCGCGCCAAGUUGCAGAGUUUUUUGAAUUCGUCAAGAAAAAGAACGAAGUUUCAUCCCAGGAAGCUGUUAAAGGUGGGAAAAAUGGCCAAGCUCCACCACAGGUGCUGCUACCUCAUGAAGGUGGCCUAUGGCUACCUGGUGGAAAGCCUUUUCCCCAGUCAUCCCUCAAACCUUUGGACUUCAGACGAGCAAUGUCAUUUGCGUCUGGUAGUGGCUCAUAGCCUUGUGAUUCACGGGCUAGAUAUAUGCUAUGCUAAUGGUCCCUGGUUGACGUGUUCAUGUUUUUUCUUGCGUGUAAAGAUCUUUAACUCGGACCUUGACUGAUGUAAAAAAGGUAGUAGUAUUUUAUCAAAUGCUUCGGUAGUUGCUACUGUACUGCUUGGUUGUAGUUUUUUUCUCUUUAAUUAGGAAAAAAUUGUCUUGUGAUGGAUCAUUUUAUGUAUCCCUUUUUGUGUUCAAUGGGUAAUUUUCUGAGCAUUUGAUUUUGCUCUCA